CACAAUAAUUUUGACAGGCACAAAUUUAUAAAAUAAAAGGAAACGGUCAGUCAAAGGAGUUUUUGUUUGGAAACAGAAAAAGUCUCCUCUUCUGCCCUUUGCUCUUGGCUUAACAUCAACAAAGCUACUGAAUUUUGCAGUGUAAACAGUUUCUGGUUGGUGGGGGAUUGAAAGGAACGAUCUGAAAGAGUAUGGCACCCUUUGGAGGGACUACCCAGAAGUGUGAGGCAUGUGAAAAAACUGUUUACUUGGUUGAUCAACUCACUGCUGACAACAAAGUUUAUCACAAAGCUUGUUUCAGGUGUCACCAUUGCAAGGGUACCCUUAAGCUAAGUAAUUAUAGCUCCUUUGAGGGCGUCUUGUAUUGCAAGCCUCACUUCGAUCAAUUGUUUAAGAUGACUGGCAGUUUGGAUAAAAGUUUUGAAGGAACUCGAAAAACUGUUAGGGUAGACCGAUCAACGGACCAGGUCACCAACAGCAGAGUUUCGAGACUGUUUGCUGGAACUCAAGACAAAUGUGUCGCUUGUAAGAAAACUGUUUACCCAAUUGAAAAGGUGGCGGUCGAUGGCACUUGCUAUCAUAAGGUUUGUUUCAGGUGCACCCAUGGAGGCUGUGUGAUCAGCCCAUCUAACUACAUAGCCCAUGAACAUCGUCUAUACUGUAGGCAUCACCACAAUCAACUGUUCAAACAGAAGGGGAACUUCAGCCAACUUGACAAGCAUGAAGAAGUUAAGGAGGUGACUGAGAACACUGUGGCCUAGCUAGGAGGAAUCCUGUUUCCAAGCAAGAACCAGAUUUCAACAUUUGAAGCAUAGAAGAGCUGUUGUUGGGUUUACUUCCUAUUUAGUAUAUGUCAUUUGUCGUCAGGGAGAAAUAGUCAGCAGAAGAGUUUGAGUUUGUUGAUAAAAGUUUUUGUGUGAGUUUUGAGUUGACGUAUGAAGUGGAAAGUUGGUGUUCUGUCCUUCUCAAUAAACUAUGUUGAUAUAUCCCAAGAAAUAUCAUGUUAGAUCUUUGGUUUGAA